CCGACUGGCCCGAUCCGGGGGUAUGACCUGCGCGCCAGUGGUCGUCAUGUGUCCGUCGGUGCCGGUGCUGCUGGCGACUCUCCUGGUGGCCGCGCCGGCCGCCGGCUCCCCGCUCGGCUGUCGGGACCAGAGCGGAGCCGCCGUCGACUGGUACGUCCUCUACAAGCUGCCCGUCAUCCACGACACCGGGGCGCCGUUCGUCGAUGACGGCGUCGGAUUCCUGCACUUCUCGUCGGCGUCGACGGAUGAGAGGUGGACGCUGUCCGAGGUGUCCAUCGACGACCCCCUGUCGGCGCCGGGCCGCACGCUGGCAGACGUCUACGAUAACCCGCAGAGGGAUACACUCAUCUACGUUUUCUACAACGACGAGCAUCCCGACAACUCCACCACCGGCGUCAAGGGUCACACCAAGGGCGUGGUGGCAUUUGACGGCGACCAGGGUUUCUGGCUAAUCCACAGUGUGCCCAAGUUUCCUCCGCCGCCCGGUGAGCAGUACAGUUACCCGGGGAACGGUCACACAUACGGCCAAAGCUUCCUGUGCGUGACGCUCUCGUCCGACCAGCUGGAGACGGUGGCACAGCAGCUGCUCUUCAACGAGCCCUACCUGUACGCCACGCAGCUGGCGCCCGCUCUGGAGGCGCAGUACCCUCUGAUGGCGCGGGUGAUCGCCGGCGAGCGGCGCUCCGAGCCGCCCUGGUUCGGCGUGCAGACUCUCCCCUCGGGCGACGCCACGUUCACCAGCUACGCCAAGGCGCGUGACUUCGGCGACGACCUGUACAGCGGCCUGGUGGCUCCGACCCUCACCACCGGCCUGUUCACCGAGACCUGGCGGAACGGCGCCACCGAGACGCAGCUGCCGUCCAACUGCUCGGCCGUCGAGCCGGUGCUGAACGUCCAAAACAUCACGGCCACGGCCGCCGGCGGGCAGCUGCCGUUCGAGUUCGGCACCACCAAAGACCACAGCAAGUGGGCCGUCUCCGACGACUCCGCCCGGCCGUGGGUGUGUGUCGGAGAUGUGAACAGGAUGUCGACACAGAGCGACAGGGGCGGCGGCACCGUGUGCCGCUGGGACGCAGUGCUCUGGAGGCUCUACUCGCAGCUGGUGGCCGCCGUGGAGCCGUGCUCGUCCACCGGCGGACACCGACACCCCGCCCGGUGGUGAGCCGCCGCGCGACGGGUGGACAUCGGUUCUCGCUGACAGUGUAUCAGUGUUUAUCGGUACGCAUUUAUCAUGUGGUCCGAUACGCAUUGCCGGGGUUUAAAUUAUUAUUUUGUUUGGAAAAUACACAAAGGCAAAAUCAGAAA